UGACAUAACAUAAAUGUGAACACUCCCAAUCUGUUUGACCAGACAGCAUUUCAUCAACAGCUUCAGCCAGCACCAGACCUCCACCUGACAUCUUUAAAUACACCUGAGCUUCUAUAAUCCUCCCUCCUCUUCUGAAGGAACAAUGUCUGCAGUCUACCUCCUCCUCCUGCUGUUCCCUCUGGUGUCAGCACAGACCUAUCACUGGGGUCCCUGUCCUACUCCCAAGGUGCAGCCCAACUUCAACCUUCAACAGUAUCUGGGCAGGUGGUAUGAGAUUGCGAAGCUCCCUGCUUCUUUUGAGAGAGGAAAGUGCAUCGAGGCCAACUACAACGUAAGGAAAGAUGGCACCAUUCAGGUGCUGAACUCUCAGUUCUAUAAAGACAAGGUGAGGGUAGCAGAAGGGACAGCGGUGAUUCCAGAUCUGAGAGAACCUGCCCAACUUGGAGUCAGUUUCUCGUACUUUACUCCCUACGCCCCCUACUGGAUUCUGUCCACCGACUACACCAGCACAUCCGUCGUGUACUCUUGCACUAACAUCCUCUACAUUUUUCACAUCGACUACGCAUGGAUCCUCGGCCGGUCGCGCUUCCUGCCUCCGGAGACCGUGAGUUACGCCAAAGAGCUGCUGAUGAACGAAGGGAUCGACCUGUUCAGGAUGAAGGCCACCGAUCAGAGCGGCUGCAAGGAUAACUAGGGAUUCAUGGAGACUUCCACUCAUUGCACUGUAUCCAGUCACAGCACUCCGAUAAAGAAGGCUGAAUAGUUGAUCAACAGAACCCUGUAUUGCAUAAUGAUAACAUUAAUUAUUGCAGCAAACACAUCUCAGUAUGAUAUGCUUUGAUGUCCAUUAUUUUUCCUUCAUCAUCCAGGCCUCACGUUGUAACUGUACAUAACCAUGAGAAAAGCUAGUUCAAUCUGCUGUGUUACAGAUAUUAAAACAUUUUAAGAUCUUUUUAAAAUACAUUUUUAUCUUCAAAUAGGGAGUAAAUUAAAUUGUAAAACCAACAAAUAAACCCUAAUGUGCAAUGGAGUUCCUAAUAGUUCAUUGUGAAUAUAUUGUAUUGUGAUAAUCUAGUAGAACAUGAAACAAGCAUAUUUGUGGUGAUGGCAAAAAACAUGUGGUUGAUCUCUAUGUACAUUAAAGCUGUAUCCAUUAAGCAGA